UAUUGCGAGACACAGCCAUUAUUGCAUUCGUGUCCUUUCAUUGUCUUAGGUUCGGUUGUGCUGGCUCCAAUCGAGGCCUUGGGGUCUUCAUGUGCCCCUGAUGCAUCCCCAUACCUACUUGCUUCUCGUAUUUUCUCUUGCCUUCGCAUGCAGUCUAGCUUCAUUUCACGACUCUCAACUGAUCAGGCGGGGCAGCUUGGUACCACCCCACACCGAAGCAGAAGAGCUUCAGUUGGGAGAUGUUGUCCUGGCGGCAUCCGUUGAUGGAAAUUUUCAUGCCUUUGACCGGAUAAAUGGGCGGCUGAAAUGGUCGAUGCAGACCCUCCCUUCAGGUCCAGCAAAUCAGUCGUUGCUCUAUCCCCUCGUCCACUCUGAGCAGCCGUCUCUCCACGAUAUUCAUGAUGAUGGUUUCCACCUUCACGAGACAUUCGUUAUUGAACCCCAGUCUGGAGAGAUCUUCAUCCUUCCUCCAGGAGGGUUGGCCGACACACCUCUGGAACGCCUCCCGUAUACUAUCAUGCAACUUGUGGAUCUUUCUCCUUUCCAAUUUCCUGGGGACGACCAGAGAAUGUUUCUUGGGAGAAAAGAGACCAGCAUGAUAACACUGGAUUUGAACUCCGGGAAAGUUUUAUCUGUAUACAAAGACGAUCAGUGCAUUCGGGAGGAAGCAGGAGGAAGCGAACUCGGAGGACAUGACGAAAACUCACUCCAUAAUUUUGAGGACGGUGGUUCAGAGCACGGUCGGACUAAGUCACCACCGCCAAAGCCAAUCCGCAUCGGGAGAACUGAUUAUCAUGUGUCAAUCCGCAUCAAAGGCCAAGGCAUUGUUCAGCGUUUGUCCUUUUCCGCGUAUGGCCCUAACAAUGUAGACAAAGAACUUCAAACACAGUGGGUUAAGACUCCGGAUGAUCGCUACGUCCAGUCUCUCCCUAGUGGCGAUAUAAUAUCGUUCAGCCUUUCAGACGCGGGAUCUCUAAAUCCUGGCACAUCAGGGAUGGGAUCUAAAAGUGGCCUGGUAGCGUGGCAUGGGGAGCUUCCCAAACCGGUAGUUGCCGUUUUCGAUGUGCUGACCAGCCCAUCUCGCGACAACCCGUUUGUAUUGAUACAACCUCAACCAAAGCUUAUAGACAUAUUCCAAGACCCCCGUCAUCGUGCCCAGAUUGCUGAACUCCCCGAAAGUACUUUCGUUGGACUUGUUGGUGAUUCACUCUAUGCGAUGAGCCACUUGAAGUUUCCCAUGGUUGUCUUUUCUGACGCCUUGCCUUAUCAUUUUGACCGCUCGAGCGACGGAUCUACUGAACUUGUGGCGUCGUCGAGGCUGGAUCAUAAUGGCCAUUGCAGAAAUGCUGAAUGUUAUCUUGGAACUCAUCCAUCCCGAUUUGCUGCCUCUUCCCGCAUAUCUAGGCUGAUUGAGGGAAGCGAGCAGCUGCAACAGAUCGAUGCCUCACCUCCCAACGCGACCGCGCCCACCCCUGCUAACUAUGCGCCGUUACCUAUCCCUUCCACCAUCAUAAGCAUUCUGGCGCCUUUUAGUAUCAUUUGGAUUGGGACCUCGGUUUUCACCCUAUGCUGCAUCGUCGGGUACACCCUGUUGCUCCGUAAGUGGGGAAUUGGGACAAACGAGAAGGUCAUAUCAACGGAUUCCGUUGCCGUCCUCGACAGAGCCCCUUUUCCAGGCGGUGCGCAUGAUGGCACUGAACUGGAGGGCGAAAUGGACUCUCCACCCAAAAAUCCGAUGUCUCCGGCGCCUCCUACGGUAGUGGGUCCCUCUGGGACGGGCGAAGAUGCACAGGCUGAGUCAGGAGGCAAUAAAGGAGAAGAGGACGUUGGCAAGGAAGAGCUUGAUGGUUCAGAUACCCCCCUCCGGUCGAAAGAGGGUGUCCCCCAACGCCAGCAGCAACAGGAUAUUGAGAACACAGUUGAUGACGCUUCAAUUGACAGGAAUCCAAACCUAGCAUUAACUGUGUCAGAUAACAUUCUCGGCUAUGGCUCUCACGGGACUGUUGUGUAUCAAGGAUCCUUCCAAGGCCGUGCAGUCGCUGUGAAGCGACUGCUGCAAGACUUCGUCAAAGUAGCGUCCCGAGAAGUCGCACUCUUACAGGAGUCCGAUGACCAUCCCAAUGUCAUCAGAUACUAUUAUCAAGAGACCAGAGACAAUUUUGAUGUGAUUCAACGUCCAGUCGCUUUUGGAGAGAUCAAUGCAACCUUUGUCCCCAAACGCACCAUCUCACAAAUCACGGCGGGAUUGCAGCAUCUUCAUUCCCUCAAGAUUGUUCACCGUGAUAUCAAGCCUCAAAAUAUCCUCUUCUCCCAAGCCAAAAAUGGCCAGCAUCGUAUGCUCAUAUCUGAUUUUGGACUCUGCAAGAAGCUCGAGUUGGAUGAGACCAGUUUUGUGCCAACUCGUCAUGGGCAUCUUGGUGCGGGUUCCAUAGGAUGGCGGGCGCCGGAGAUCUUAAGGGGAGAAGUUAAUCUCGACGUAACCAUCGUUGAUUCAUUGGGCGGCCCAGAUUGUGAUUCCAAUACUGGAAGUAUGGGUAGUGUUGGUCCGAGUGGGGUACCUGGACAUGGUAAUGGCGCUCGCACACGUUUAACGAAAUCAGUGGAUCUCUUCGCACUUGGGUGUUUGUUCUAUUACACAUUGACAAACGGCGAACAUCCCUUUGGAGGACCAUUCGAGCGUGAGGCAAAUAUACUGAAAGAUGCGAUAGAUCUUAGUUGGCUGGAACGCUUUGGCGAGGAGGGUAUAGAGGCGAAGGACUUGAUAAAUAAGAUGCUUGAUGCACGGCCGCGUCGACGGCCAGACACGGCUCAGUGUCUUGUCCACCCCUUCUUCUGGACGCCUGGACGACGGCUCACAUUCUUGCAAGAUGCCUCGGAUAGGUUCGAGAUCAUGCAGCGCGAUCCUCCCGAGCUCGGCCUCCAGCGGCUUGAGGCUGGUGCUCCGGACGUUGUGGGAAAUGACUGGAGCAAGAAGUUUGACAAAGCCUUUAUCGAAAACUUGGGAAAAUUUCGUAAGUAUAACGGACGGUCCAUUCUAGAUCUGUUACGUGCACUCCGCAACAAAAAACAUCAUUAUCAGGACCUUCCAGAAAACUUGAAGCGUCACCUUGGUUCACUCCCUGAUGGCUUCUUGGCAUACUUCACACGCCGAUUCCCUGCGCUCUUUCUCCACGUUUAUUAUGUCAUAGCUGAUGGUCCAUGGCAGGAAGAGUCCAUAUUUCGACCGUACUUCCAAGAGCCUUAACCUGCGAGAUCUUCCAUUCAUCUUCAAAUCGUACCUUACAUGUAUUAAUCAGUGUAGAUUUAUUUUGUAUUUUACUUGUUCGUUCGCCCUUUGGAAGAUUCGUGAUGAUGGAAUGCACACGGCACCAGAGUGGUUGCGUAGUGUAAAACCGGG